GGAUGUACGGACUUGCGACUAGCAGCGUAACUUUGACCUCCUCGAACUUUGUAGCCCAUCUUCUUUAACCCCUCGCAUCUUGGCCAUAACCAUGUCACAUGAUCUUGCCUCUCAUUUCUUCCCUCUUUCUCAGGCUCCUUCGUUGUAUCAUACGUGAACAAGCAAACUUUCUCUCGUAUGACUUCAAUGACAUGAAUAUAGCAGACAAUACCGGACUUACCUUUUGAUUCAUUCAUUUCCUUUGGCUUAUAGAAGCGCCAUUCAAGCUUGCUUCUAGUUUCAAGUUGUUUCCGCAAGUCUACUUUUCAACACUCCCUCUGGCCCCUCGGAAAUAAACAAGAAUCGGAGAACCUGUCUGGUCCCCGCACCAUAGGCAACGUGUGAAAAGCAGAUCAGAAGUGAAGAACGAGCCAAGUACAGGGAAUAAGCUAGAAAAUGGGGGAGACGGAGAACCACCAGCCACCACCACCGGUACAAGCACCUCUGCCAAGACCACCACCGCCUAAUCUUGCUCUUUCAAGGGGACCCACUUGGACACCAGCCGAGCAACUCCAUCAGCUUGACUACUGCAUUCAUUCAAAUCCUUCAUGGCCGGAGGCGGUUUUGCUGGCUUUCCAACACUACAUCGUAAUGCUUGGAACGACGGUUCUGAUUGCCACCACCAUCGUACCUCAAAUGGGCGGAAACCACGGUGACAAAGCUCGUGUGAUUCAAACGUUGUUGUUUAUGUCUGGACUGAACACACUGCUUCAGACCUUGAUCGGGUCAAGACUUCCUACAGUGAUGCGUGGAUCUCUCGCUUUCACACUCCCCAUCAUGUCUAUCCUAAAUAAUUUCACCGACCACGUAUUCGAAACUGAGCACGAGAGGUUUACCUACACAAUUAGAACAAUCCAAGGGUCCCUCAUUGUUUCUUCUUUCAUCAACAUCUUCCUUGGCUAUAGUAAAGUAUGGGGUAAUUUAACAAGGUACUUUAGUCCCAUAGUCAUUGUACCAGUGGUUUGCGUGGUCGGUCUUGGUCUGUUCAUGAGGGGCUUCCCAAUGCUCGCAAAUUGCGUGGAGAUUGGACUUCCAAUGCUUAUUCUACUGAUCAUAACGCAGCAGUAUUUGAAGCGCAUUCACGAUACCACACAUCAUGUGCUUGAGAGGUUCGCUUUACUUCUCUGCAUUGGCAUUAUCUGGGCUUUUGCAGCUGUCCUCACUGUGUCUGGUGCUUACUCUACUACUAAAGUACGAACCCAAGAGAGUUGCCGUACAGAUCGCUCCUACCUCCUUUCUUCCGCUCCUUGGAUCAAAAUUCCUUAUCCGUUUCAGUGGGGUACCCCCAUAUUCAGAGCAAGCCAUGUCUUUGGGAUGAUGGGGGCUGCACUUGUCACCUCCGCAGAGUCAACUGGAACUUUCUUUGCAGCGGCCAGGAUUUCUGGUGCAACACCCCCUCCUGCACAUGUGCUCAGCCGAAGUAUUGGGCUGCAAGGCAUUGGCAUGCUGCUCGAGGGCAUUUUUGGUGCUGCUGUUGGUACUACUGCGUCUGUGGAGAAUGUUGGCCUGCUAGGACUAACUCAUAUAGGGAGCAGAAGAGUAGUGCAGAUUUCAUGUGGUUUCAUGAUAUUCUUCUCUAUUUUUGGGAAAUUUGGAGCCUUUUUUGCAUCAAUUCCCUUGCCAAUAUUUGCUGCCAUAUACUGUAUUUUAUUUGCCAUUGUGGCUGCUGUUGGGAUUUCAUUCAUACAAUUUGCGAAUAACAACUCAAUGAGAAAUCUCUAUGUUUUAGGGCUAACCUUGUUUCUGGGGAUUUCCAUACCCCAAUAUUUUGUCACCAAUACAGCACCAGAUGGUCACGGUCCAGUUAGAACAGCUGGUGGAUGGUUCAAUGACAUUUUGAACACCAUAUUCUCUUCAUCCCCUGCUGUGGCAAUAAUUGUUGGAACGCUUGUUGACAACACUCUGGAGGCAAAACAUGCAGCUAACGAUAGAGGAGUGCCAUGGUGGGUGCCUUUCCAGAACAGGAAGGGCGAUGUUAGAAAUGACGAGUUUUACAGUCUUCCUCUAAGGAUAAAUGAGUAUAUACCCACCAGAUUUCUUUGAUAUCCCCCCAUUUUGUGCUUUUUCUUCCGCCUCCUUGCACGAUGACAUCGUAAAAAGCUGCCACUUUCAUACGCAAUCUUUGUUGCAAUUUCAUGAAUGGAUUCAAGUCUGAUAGCAAUGUACGCGCAUAGUUCAAUCAAAAAAUAACGUUUGGUUUAUGUCA